AUGGGCGGCGGGGGCGGCGGCAGUACCAUCGGCGGCGGCACCCUGGGCGGUGGCAGCAUUCUCGGCGGCCACGCCGGCACAGCGAUGAGCGGCAGCACGGUCGGCAUGGGCGCUCCUCCCGGCACCCUGAUUCACGGAGCCAACGGCGGCAAUCCCGGCGGCAAUGUCUACGGUAAUGGCAACGGCGGUGUGGGCGGCGGUGGUCAGAACACCGCUCCCGGUUCGGUUAUCGAUCAGCGGGCAGUCUCCGUGGUGGUCACCCUACCGGGCGGACCGGGUGCCCAGCAUCCGGGGCAGGCGCUGAGCGACUACGGUCCCAUAUAGUUAAUGGUACGCCCGGACACCGCGCACUGGGUCUCGACGAGCAGCUUCAGUCAGCUGUAGCUGCUCUCCUUCCUCGCCAAAGAAGAAGCAGACGAAGAAUCGCAAGAAUCCCGCGCCCGGCCUCUGUCUCACUUGCACUCUUAGGCUCUCACUCGCACACCUACACCCCUCUCUAUCUCUAUCGCUGACUCUGUCUCGCAUUAGCAAAGGUUUGAAGCCAUGCCAUAUUAAUUCAUGUAGCCGUAGUUUUUUCAAUGAGUGGAAAAGGGUCCUGUUUUUGUGAGAAGAAUUCUUCCAGAGCGUGACCAUAAACAGGACCUAACAGCAUUAGAGAUUGUGGUAAAAAAAAGAACCAUUCUGCAUACAAGAUUCUAGUCGAAAAACAAACCUUUGUCUUCAAAAAGCAGAUGAGCAAAAGAGCAUUAAGUAGUCGUGGCUAUAGGGUCUAUAUUCCAACUCCCCAGCUCCCAGUGCGUUUGUUCCAACUGCCAUUAACUGCUUUACUAUCUACUUAUAUUUAUGAAGCACCUACAUAUAUUUUUUUUGUUGUUACUACUUUUUCCUUCCACAAAUACUUUCCUCCACGAAAUAGACUGAGAAAUGCAUAAACCAAUUAAGUAGCCGCCACGUAGACCACUCGGGGGUAUCAAAAACAGAAAAAACAAACAAAAAAAUACAAAAAAUAAAAGUAAAGAAGAGCGGAAUCUGCCCACACUGCCAAGUCAGAGCCACGAGCCAUAUUUCGAAAUUACAACUAACUUUUAAUCAAACUAACUACACUAUUAACCUUAACCUAAACGUAAACAUUAAAUAUUACAAAAGCAAAACGAAAAAAAAUAAAUAAAUAAACACUUCGAAUGCCCGUAGAAAGUUAGUUGCGAUUUUAGGGUUAUCGCAUUAUCAAAGAACAGGCGGUCAGUGUUGCCAGAUACCAUUUGUAAAUUAUUUAAUCUAUCCUAAGGCAUUAUCCAACACUAAUUUUUGUAAAUAUUUUCAAAACGCGCCUAGUUUGUAAACGAUGUUCAGAUGAAACCCUGAAAACUAAAAUAGAAAUUUAAAUAUAGUAACUUGCAUUUCAGAAUCAAAGGCAACUCUGCAUUUAAGCUCAAAAAUUGAAUUUAAUUUUUUUAUAUAAAUAAAAAUCGAGAUCCCAAAAUCGAGAAAACACUACCAAAACUUCCUGCCCUUUUCCCCCAAUAAAGUGAAGAAAAAUGAAAUGAAAAUUGCCAACUUUUGCAGCCGACGCAGGGCAAUUUUUUGCAUUUAUAAAAGAAGCAAAAAGAAAAAAAUUGUAUAAAGCUAAAAACACUUAUAUAAGAGUAUUAAAUUAAAUGUAAUCUUAGUUUUAAACGAAGGCAACCAGAAACCCAGAAACACACAAAAACAAACAAAAAUGGAAAACGAAAGCAAAACAAAAUAUCUAUCAAGCAUUAAAAACUAUUGUAUUUAAAUUUAAUAUUUAUAUUACAUGGUAAAAGCAACAAUUUAACUGUUGGCAUUUCAAACCAUUUCACAUACGAAACAAAACAAAAACGAAGGAAGAACUUUAUAUUAUAAAUUAUAUGAUAUAGCAACAACUAUGUGUGUAAUGUUUUUAGCAACUAUAACUAUUUCUAUAAACAAAACGAAAAAUAUGCGAAUGCUGUAAUAAAAACAAUAUACAAAAUA